CCACAAUUUCAGAGCUAUUGUCCGCCUCCUCCCUGUCCCAGUUCCUCACCACCGUUCCUGUGCUCACAGUUGUCAAGUGUAGACCCCACAACGUGUGGCCUGAAGAGAGAAUGUUCCGGACCGAAGCUGUGAUCCUGAGAGCCCUGUUCUUCACUUUCCUGCUGAGUCUCCAAGGAGCUGGGGCCAUUAAGGCGGACCAUGUGUCAACAUAUGUCACAUUUGUACAGAAACAUAGACCACUGGGGGAAUUUAUGUUUGAGUUUGAUGAGGAUGAGCAGUUCUACGUGGACCUGGACAAGAAAGAGACCAUCUGGCAUCUGCCGGAGUUUGGCCGAGCCUUUGCCUUUGAGGCCCAGGGUGGGCUGGCCAACAUUGCUAUAUCGAAUACCAACUUGAAUAUACUGAUCCAGCGUUCCAACCACACCCAGGCUGCCAAUGAGCCUCCCGAGGUGACCGUGUUUCCCAAGGAGCCUGUGGAGCUGGGCCAGCCCAACACGCUCAUCUGCCACAUUGACAAGUUCUUCCCGCCGGUGCUCAAUGUCACGUGGCUGCGUAAUGGGCAGCCGGUCACUGAAGGUGUUGCUGAGAGCCUCUUCCUGCCCAGAACAGAUUACAGUUUCCACAAGUUCCUCUACCUGACCUUCGUGCCUUCAGCUGAGGACGUCUAUGACUGCAAAGUGGAGCACUGGGGCCUGGACGAGCCGUUCCUCAAGCACUGGGAGGCCCAGGAGCCGAUCCAGGUGGCUGAGACGACGGAGACUGUGGUCUGCGCCCUGGGCCUGGUGGCAGGUCUGGUGGGCAUCGUCACUGGCACCAUCCUCAUCAUAAAGGCUCUGCGUUCUGGUCACGACCCCCGGGCCCAGGGCCCCCUGUGA